UUACCCAAGGCGCGAUGGGUCAGCCUGACUUAGUGUAAAAGUGCGCGAUCAACAUCGGGGGAACGUCAGAAGAGCGAAGAUGGCGGCGAGUGGCGGUGUACGCCUGCUGCUCCUCGGAGUUUUCUGUAUUUUUCUUACGAAGCUAUGCAACGGGGCGACGACGGACAUCGAGCUCGACGCCAAGGCGCAGCUGUUGCACCGGCUCGACAGUCUCAACCUCCUCCUCUACACGUUCCUAUUGAUUUUAACCGUAUUAACGAUAUGGAUGUUCAAGCACCGCCGCCUGAGGUUCCUCCAUGAAACUGGUCUGGCUGUCAUCUAUGGCUUGAUCAUAGGAGCCAUAAUACGCUAUGGUUUUACAACGAGCAGUACUAUUCUGCACAUGCCAGUGGUCCCGGAUAAUACAAGCAGGUAUAAUCAGUCAGUACCACCAGACUCGCUGUGGCUACGUUUCCCUGAAGACAAGGGCGGUGGUAUCGUGAAGAACAAAACGUUCGCAUACUCCUUUCGCGGUGAAAUUUACAAAGAAGAUAACGAAAUUGAUCUGAAGGCAACUUUUGAUCCUGAAAUCUUUUUUAACAUCAUAUUGCCUCCUAUCAUCUUCCACGCGGGAUACAGUCUGAAGCGGAGAUACUUCUUCAGAAAUCUGGGUGCAAUUCUUAUGUAUGCUCUGAUAGGGACCUCUAUAUCAGCUUUCGUUAUUGGAGCUCUGAUGUACGCCUUCGUGCAACUGAUACCUCAUCUAUCCACGUCGUUCACAUUUCUCGACACCCUGUAUUUCGGUGCUUUGAUAUCGCCCACGGAUCCCCUCACGAUAAUAUCCAUCUUCAAUGACCUGCACGUGGACGUAAAUCUCUACGCUCUGGUCUUCGGUGAAAGUGUGUUGAACGACGCGGUCGCCAUUGUACUUAGCGGCUCGAUACAGAACUAUGCCGAGCGGUAUCAGUCAGGAUCAGGCGGCUUCGAGACGGUGGCAUUUUUCCAGGCGUUUGGAGACUUUGUAGGAAUAUUCAGUCUGUCUCUGUUUAUCGGUGCUACCAUGGGCUGCAUCACUGCUUUAUUAACAAAAUUCACCAGGGUGCGAGACUUCCCUCUCCUAGAAUCGGCGUUAUUCGUUUUAAUGUCUUAUAGUACGUUUUUAAUUGCUGAAGCUGCCGAUCUUACAGGCGUAGUCGCUGUCCUGUUCUGCGGAAUCUGCCAGGCUCAUUAUACGUACAACAACUUGAGCGCGGAUUCGCGUCAGCGCACAAAACAACUGUUCGAGCUGUUGAACUUUUUAGCCGAGAACUUUAUAUUCAGUUACAUCGGCGUCUCGAUGUUCACCUUCCCGAAGCACCACUUUGAUCCCGGCUUUAUCUUCGCGGGAUUUUUAUGCGCGUUGCUGGGUCGCGCGGCUAACGUGUACCCAUUAUCCUUUAUCCUGAAUCUGGCGCGAAAGCCGAAGAUAUCGUUGAAUUAUCAGCACAUGUUGUUCUUCGCGGGAUUACGCGGCGCAAUGAGUUUUGCCCUCGCCAUCAGGAACACCGUGUCAGACGCUAGACAGGCUAUGCUAACUACGACGAGUCUGAUCGUUAUCCUGACUGUUAUCCUGCAGGGCGGUGCAACCACACAAUUUUUAAGCUGGUUCAAUAUUCCAGUUGGAGUAGAUGAAGAAAUAGAAGGACUCUCUCACAAUGGAACGCGUAGUUCUGGCGGCGAGGUCGGCUACGGUGAGCUGGACGUGCGUAGGGAAAGAAGUCCGCCGUAUAAUUCUAUGCAGGAUGGAGCGUUACCAGGCAGCAGCGGCGGCGCCGCGAAGCCUAACGAGAAAGCGCUGCUCGCUAGGAUCUGGGGAGACUUCGACACCAGGUAUAUGAAGCCUCUGCUGACGCACUCCAGGCCUACGUUGCUGGAAACGUUGCCGGUCUGUUGUAGUCCGUUGGCGAGAAUCCUCACGACCACGCAGCAGAUGACGCAGGAUGACGUUGCGAGAAAAGCGGAUUCGGAUUCUGACUUUUGCCUGGAAGAUCGCGAAAUGGAGCGACGCAGGACCAGUGUUCAGCCGGUGAGUUUCCAUCAGCCUAGUCUGAAUUAUACUGUAAAUCCGUGCUAUCAGCCUAACAACAGCACCACAGACGUCAGCACUAAUCCGGACGAGCCCUAUGUAAUUCUCAAUUUACACAGAAGGUAGAAUUAACAGCAAGCCUCUCUAACACCACCACCUACUGUGUAUCUAGAUUCUUUUUAAGCGCGCGUGAGAGAGAGAGAGAUUCGUAUAAUACAUAUAUUUUGCAUAUGUAUUGAUCGCUUGAUCGAACUCGCAAAAUUGCAAUCUACUUAAUUGCUAUUAUGAAAAUACUUAUUUGUCAACUUAAAUACCUCAUGUAUUUGUAUUUGUUAUAUUCAGAGUUUUUGUUAAGUAUGAUACGCCUUUUGUUUUAUUAUAAAAGUGAAUAGAUAUACGAUAUUUAUUCAUAUAUUUUAUUUCUAUUUUUGAGUUAAUGUGAGAGUUAAAGUGUAAACGAGAGCCUACUUGUUAUGUAUUAUAUAAAUGAUAUUUAUCACACACAUAUACUCUCUGUACAGUAUAUAAAUCUUGUCGGGAACGAGACUUAAUAUUUCUAGAAUUUGAAGAUACGAAAAUAUAAUGUUACAAAAAUUAUAAAUAAUAAUAUAUCUAACGUUCUAAUGUUUGAUAAAUUAAAAUUAACUUUACAUUCGAAAAUUUUUCCAUCUGAUUCCGAAUUCAAGUAUCUGGCGAUUAUUUUCUUCCUGACAUUUGUAAAUCAUAGAAAGAGAGGGAGAUAAAGACUUGAGUUACGUUCCUGAUGUAGAAGAUUAAUUUUUUUUUACAUAUAAAUAUAAGCAAUAUAGAUAUGUAGGAAAAAAUGUAAUCACUAUCAAACGUUAUUUGACAUUAAUCGGUAUUUCUCUUUCUUUCGUUCUUUCAUGUUUUAUAUAUAUUCAUGUUUUAUAUAUAUAAAACAUCAGCUUGAAUGUCUCUUUUGCAUGUGAGAUUGGGCAAUGUAAUUUUUCUUGUUUCCAAUUUUUUCCGAAUUAAUCUCUCUGUGAAAAGCAAUCGAAGUCUUGGGUGCAAUAAUAGCGUAAAUUGAGAAAGAAUAUUUAAAAAAAUGAAUUUAAAAGAUAAACGAUUCCCCACACAACAGAGAACAAAAUAAAAAUAAUAACUUGAUAUAUAAUGUGUGUAUCCAUAAAUUUUUCUGAAUAUAAUACAUGUAUAAAAUUUAUAUAUUUUUGUAUACGUAUAAUU